AUGAAGCUCCUCACCAGCGUCGUGGCCAUGGUCCUGGCCCGGCUGUCGGCAGGCCUCGUCGCCACGGCGGCAGCCGCCUCACCAGCAUCUCCGAGAUGCGUCAUGUACCUGACAGGCCAACACCCCGUCACGCCCGACGCAGCGCAGAUGGCACGCGUCUCCCACGUCCUGCUGGCCUUCCUGCCCUCGGACAUGUUCAACGGCGACGCCGGCGACGAGCGCACGACCUGGCCGCUCUUCACGUCCGUGGACGACGUCCGGCGGCGCUACCCCCCCGGCGACGCCGACGCGGCCAAGGUCAUGGUCGCCAUCGGCGGCUGGGGCGACACGCGCGGGUUCUCGGCCGCCGCGCGCAGCGCCGCGAGCCGCCGGCGGUUCGCGCGCAACGUGGCGCGCAUGGUGGCGGCCACGGGCGCCGACGGCAUCGACGUCGACUGGGAGUACCCCGGCGGCAACGGCGAGGACUACAAGCAGGUCCCCAACGGCGACAAGGCCUGGGAGGUCGAGGCCUACCCCUUGCUCGUGGCCGAGCUGCGCGCCGCCCUGGGCCCGCGGAAGCUGCUGUCGGCCGCCGUGCCGGGGAGGCCCGGCGACAUGCUCGCGUUUACGCGGACGACGGUGCCGCGGAUCAUGAACCACGUCGACUUUCUCAACGUCAUGACGUACGAUCUCAUGAACCGCCGCGACAACGUCACCAAGCACCACACGGGGCUGCAGGACAGCAUCGCCGGCCUGGACGCGUACAUCCAGGCCGGCGCGGCCCCGCAGAACCUCAACCUCGGCUUCGCCUUUUACACGAAAUGGGUCAAGACCGAGCACGCCUCCUGCCUUUUGGCCUCCCCCCCGACCCAUCAGAAGGGCUCGCCGAUCGGGUGCCCGACCCUGCUCCUCGAGGACCCCGAGACGGGCGCCGACCUCGGCCGCACGGGCGGCUUCGCGUGGCACGACCCGGUGCCCGAGGACCUCGAGGCCUCCUUCGCCCGGGCCAAGUCGCUCGGCCGGUACGACGAGUCCGGCGGCGGCGGGUACUACUACUGGGACGGCGAGGAGGACCUGUGGUGGACGUUCGACACGCCCGACGCCAUCGCGCGCAAGUUCCCGGCCGUCGUCGAGGAGAAGAAGGUCGGCGGCGUGUUCGCGUGGGGGCUCGGGGAGGACGCGCCGGGGUUCGAGCACCUCGCUGCGGUGCUCCGGGGACUCGAGCGGCACGGGGCGGCGGCGGCGGGGGCUAGCAAGAAUGAGCUGUAG